AUGCUAAGUUUCAGCGCCGUCUACUCGUUCGUCCAGCAGAAUUACCAGCGCGCCAGGUCUCUCUGGUCGUCGGCACGGCGCGAGUUCAGGAUCUUCCGCGGGUUGCUGGUCACGCUCGUCUCGGACCUUGACGCCGAGUGGUCCACCAAGGUCGUCAUGACUGACGCCUGCGAGACGGGCCACGCCUCGGUCGAGGGUGAGUGGGACCUCUCCGAGGUGCAGAGUGCUGGUCGCUGGCACGAGCGGUGGCGGUUCCGCCACACGCGCGAGGCGGACGGGGGUUGGCGGCCGCGCGACCGCGCGGCACGUGCGGCCGAGGCCGCCGAGCUGGAUGCACACCCGUCUGUUCUGUUGCGCCGGGGUCUCGCCAACAAACGAUUCCCCGAAGUGUCGACGCGCGCCAUCCGCCGCACCAGCUGGUCGACCAUGUACUACUCGCCUCUCUUCGGCAAGGAGCCCAUGCAUCGUAAGGAGGCAAGAGGUGACUUACGCGCCGUGAAGCUGAUCCUGUCGGACGCGGACUCCUGGGGGAAGAGGCGCGUCGUCUUGGGGGACAAUCUAGCACUCGCACUUGCACUAUCUAAAGGGCGCUGUCGUGAUAUAUUUCUGCUCAAUAUCUUGCGGCGAGGCGCCGCCUUGACUCUCGCCUCGGGGGCCCGCAUGCAUCGACGAUGGGUGCCCAGCGAGUUCAAUGCGGCCGACGGUGACAGCCGCUCCCGCGAGGGUGUUGCAGGACGCGCUGCAUCUGGGGCCAGCUGGCGCGCUGCCGCGGCGCGCGGGCGCCAGCUUCGGCACCGCCGCAGCUCGGCGCGGGGCCCCGAGGGCGACGGUCGGCCCGACAGCGGCUGGCCCGCGGCCCCAGCGGCCCCGCCUGGACUCGAGCGCUGCCCUGCCACUGGCAGCCGCGCGCCCGCUGCGGUCCCGCGGCCUGGCGGCGCCGGCGUCGGCCAGGCGGCUGAAGCGCAGCGCGCCUGGGAGUGGCCCGUCAGCGCAGGCCCCUCCGCAGCCCUCGGCGGCUCGGACGCCGCUACGCCGCAGCUGGGGCCCCCUGGGCUCGCCUGCCUGGCGCCGCCGCGAGGCUCUGCUUCGACGUCCGUCGCAUCCCCCUGCGGGAGCUACCGCGGUCUGUUGGACGCUGGGGAGCAGGCGCGGGACACCACCCGCCAGCUCUCCAUCACCGAGGCUGCCGCGGUGGGACGGCGGAGCCGACUGCAGUGCACGCGGCUGCUCGAGCUGUUCCUCAGACGCAGCCGCCUGACGUCUCUGGCGGCGCCUGCUGCCGACGCGGGCGCCGCGGUGGUGAGGUUCUUCGACGAGCUGUACCUCGAGGGGAAGGUCGCGUCGACGGGCGAGAAGCUCCUCGCCGCGAUCUUCAUGCACGUGCCUGACUACCAGAGCAAGGGGAAGCUGGCCCUGCCGCGCGCCUACCGCGCGCUGCGAGGCUGGCGCCUGCUGCGGCCCUCGCGGACGCGACGCCCGCUGCCCUGGGCGGCCUGCAUGGGCGUGGCACGCCAGAUCUGGAAGAUCAGCGGCCGCCCCGCCCUCGCGGUGUUCUGGCUCCUGAUGGUGGACACGUACCUGAGGCCUGGCGAGGCUUUCCGCCUGACCUGCGGCCAGGUGAUCCCUCCGCAGGCGCACGUGCCCAAGGUAACGAUCCACAUCAACCCCGACUACAUGAAGAGGCCGAGCAAGACUGGCGAGAUGGACGAGACAGUGGACGUGGCACGUCCGUGGCUGGGCAACUUGCUGGUUCGACUGGCCCAGGGCCCGCCCAGUGGCCCCCUGUGGACCUUCACUAUGACGGAGGCCAAGGACGUGUUCGAGCGCGCGACCCGCGCGCUGCACUUGGACAAGCUGCUGCCCGUGCUCUACACAGCCCGACACAGCGGUGUGUCCAUCGACCGUUUCACGGGGAGGAUCUCGUUGCAGGAAGUCCAGCGGCGCGGCCGCUGGCGCCAGCCGAGCUCGGUCAGGCGCUACGAGAAGCGCGGGCUCAUCCAGGCAGUAUGGAGCGAGAUGGAGCCCUCAGCCAAGGCAUACUGCCUCCAGGCCGAGGCCGAGCUGCCCUCGCUGCUCGCCGCCGCUUCGAUAUCCGCCAACGCCUGA